AUGUUACGUCGGAGCUUUACAAAAAUCACCUGUAAGCGAUGUUAUUCCGAUAAGCACAGCUUUCAGAAGACGCUUAUUCUUCCGCGUACGAAAUUUCCAAACAGAUCGAACUUGCUCAAAACUUUGAAUCAAUUGAUUCCACAAUGUUCACAAGAUGCCUAUGUCUCUCAAUUGAAUGAAUUCUUGUUCAAGAUCGAGAGUAUGGAUGAUGACGCAGCUAAAGUCAAGUUCAUUAAAGAGAAAUUAUUUGUGCUGCAUGACGGUCCUCCGUAUGCUAAUGGAGAUCUUCAUUUGGGACAUGCUCUCAACAAGAUACUCAAGGAUAUCAUCAAUAGGUAUCAACUUAUUAGAGGCAAGUAUGUGUUUUACAAACCGGGUUGGGAUUGUCACGGCUUACCUAUAGAAAUGAAAGCUUUAAAAGACUUCAGCUCCGACAGUUCGCACGCCAUAGCACCGCUUAAGAUCCGCUCCAUGGCGGCUACUCAUGCUGCAAAAGCGAUUCAGACACAGAAAAACCAGUUCAAGCAGUUCGCGAUUCUGGCGGAUUGGAAUGACUGUUACAAAACGAUGGAUCCAGGGUAUGAGAUCAAUCAAUUGGAGGUAUUUUUAGAGAUGCUUAAAAGAGGUCUUAUUAAAAGGCAAAAUAGACCAGUGUUUUGGGGUAUUGAGACGAGAACAGCUUUAGCUGAAGGUGAGCUUGAAUAUAAUGAUAAUCAUAAAUCAACAGCGGCUUUCGUAAAAUUUCCCCUCACAUCUGCCUCCAAUCUGCAGCUGCUAGAGAGACUAUCGAAGAAUGUCAUGGUAGAGUAUUUGGCUGAUAAAGAGAGAAACGACACUAUAAAUUGUCUGAUUUGGACAAGUACACCUUGGACCUUGUUUUCUAAUCAAGCCAUCUGCUUCAAUGAGAAAUUCACAUACUGUUUAGUAAAGCUUGAAGGUGGCUUCUUGAUAGUCGAAGAGGAAUUGCUGCAAAAAAUAAAUGUGACCGAACCAUAUGAAAUUCUGGAAACAUUUUCCGGGGAGCUAUUAGCAGGCUUACAUUAUACUCAUCCUUCAAUGCGGGACGGAGUUCCACGUCCAUUACUACAUGGGGAACAUGUAACUAAAUCUAUAGGUACAGGUUUGGUUCACACUGCACCAGGUCAUGGCUCUGAUGAUUAUAUGACUGGUCAGCAGCACAAUUUGAAAACCUUCUCCCCCGUGGAUCACAGAGGUCGCUACAAGCUGGAUGAACUGCCAGUUUAUGUGCAUAAGACGCUGACAGAGCCCGAAACAGGGCUUCCAAGAAAGGUUCUUGACCUUGCAACCACAUCAGCAAUUUUGGAAUGCUUGAAGCGUCACAAUAUGCUACAUGCCGCACAUGAGUAUGUUCACUCUUAUCCCUACGAUUGGAGAUCAAAAAGACCUGUUAUCAUAAGAGCUACACCUCAAUGGUUUGCGGAUCUCCAUGAUGUCAAGAAACUUGCUUUGGAUAGCUUGGAAGACGUGGAAUUCCAUCCUCACCGAGGACAGGCGCGGUUAGGUGCUUUCAUUAGAGCCAGGAAUGAAUGGUGUAUUUCGAGACAGCGUUCCUGGGGCGUUCCGAUACCAGCACUAUACAAAGUGGACGAACCAGAUCAAAUCUUAAUGACUGAAGAGACUGUGUCUCAUAUUAUAGGUGUAAUAAAGAAGAAAGGAAUGAAUUCAUGGUUUGCGGAAAGGGAAUCUGAUAUGAGAGAGUGGUUGCCGCCGAGCUUUGCGGAAGACGCAAAUGGUUAUGCAAGGGGAAGGGACACGAUGGAUGUUUGGUUUGAUAGUGGUACCUCCUGGAGUGUCCUUGAGCGAUUCUAUUUGGACUGCUUAAAACUUGAUAAGAUACCUGAGAAGUUGGCAGAUGUCUAUUUGGAGGGCUCCGAUCAACACAGGGGCUGGUUCCAGAGCUCACUGUUGACCAGAGUUGCAAGCUCAGGAACUGCGACCACUCCAUACAAGAAUCUCAUUACACAUGGUUUUACAUUGGACGAAAAAGGUAUCAAGAUGUCAAAGUCCAUUGGCAACACUAUCUCUCCCCGACACGUUAUUGAAGGUGACCAAAAGACUGGUUUGCCAGCUCUAGGUGUCGAUGGGAUUAGGUAUCUCGUGGCGCAGGCCGAUUACACGACUGAUAUUGUUGCCGGUCCAACAGUCAUGGUACGUGUGGCUGACGCUCUGAAAAAGCUGAGAUUAACUCUGCGAUUCCUUCUUGGGAACUUAAAUGUUGGCUACACCAAGUUGUCGUUCGGAGAUCUACGACCUGUUGAUCAAUACACGGUAUCCAAAUUACAGGAACUUAUGAAUACUACAGAGCAAUAUUAUGAAAGCUUCAAUUUUUCAAAAGUUUUGACUACCGUUCAGCACCAUAUGACGAAUCAACUAUCCGCAUUUUAUUUUGACAUGUCGAAGGAUACCUUAUACUGCGAUGCUAAAGAUUCAAAGAAAAGGCAGCAGAUUUUGACCACUUUGUUCCAUAUUCUUGAUACAUAUCGUGCGAUAAUGGCCCCAAUUUUGCCUGUGCUGAUGCAAGAGGUAUGGAACUGCUUACCUUCAGGCGUUAAAGAGCUUGAGUCCAACGAGGAUAGCCCGAUCAACAGAGCAUGGCCUCAGUUCCCCUUUUCAUACGAAAUGAUAAAGACCUUUGAAGACAACGAGCUCGCAGUUCUUCGUGAAUAUCAAAGACAAUUCAAGCAGCUCAAUAGCAAUGUGACAAAAUCGAGCCAAACUGAUGUUACGAUCGUUACAGAUGCGCAAGACCUUCCAUUCGACGCUGACGAAAUAAACGACAUAUUACAAGCCGGCCAAACUAACAUUAUCUCAAGCUCUGCCGGGGAUAUCAUGGAUGAAGGUGCGCUCAUGCUAUCAAAUGGGGUUAGAGUGAAAAUCGACGUGAAACCCAGUGCACUAAUGAAGUGUCCUAGAUGCUGGAAACAUAAUACCUCCAACGAAGAGAACUUAUGUGAUCGCUGUGAGAAGGUAGUCCAUAAUGUAAAUUAG